GCGCGCAUGUGGUUCUCGAUUUCGUGGAGGUUGCCAAGAUCGGGACUUGGGAGUAAUAUGGGACUAAUGUGAUCGAUGUCGUCUGAAAGACCAUCGUCUAUGUCAGCAUUAGCUCGCUUGAAGCUAGGCGCGAUUGAUAUCACGUACCCUGAGCGAGUGCUUGCAGCCGCGAUUGGACUUCGUUCACAAAGUCCCUGUUAUGUAUUAGCACAUGGCUUCAACUGCAAGGCAUUCCGGCUCACCAUAUGCUAGCGCAGCCCUCUGGCUCCUGGAAGCUAAGGGCCAUGUCGGUGCCAUUCUGCUCGGUCCAAACGAUGAGUGUGUCUGCAUGUGUUCAGCUGAUGUCUUCCCGCAGCGAGAUAUGGGCGCAUACCCUGUUGUUUCUGGUAGCCGUCAUCUUUGGAAAUGCGCGUUUCGAGCAGUUGUCGCGACUGGUCGUCCUCGGAUAGGACUACAAUUCUCGCUUCCUCUUGCUGCAGUCGCACAAGUUAGCCUCGAGCCUUUGCAGAGGGUCAAAUAGCGGGAGUUGCGCAAACACGGCGCCUAAACGGUCUAAGACAUAGGGAAACAUACGCUUGCUACGACGCCCUUGCAGAAGCCAGUGCCUCGAUCGAACCAGUCAUUGUUCUUGAGCUCGUAUACCUUGACGC